AUGAGGCAACAGCAGAUCCAGUUCCAGAGAGCGGCGACGAAGAAGAGAUGUUAUGUGGCCAGAAUCAGCCAGCGACUGCAGGCGCAGCAAGAAGAGAUCAAGUCCCUGACUCAGGAACAGAAAGAUAUGUCAUUAAUGCGGAGACAUAUCCUGUCACAGAGAAAUGCUGCGCUGGAGGAAAGGAAAUGUGAGGAGCUCCAGCAAUGUUUGCAGGCCAAGUAUCAGUAUGACUUACUGAUCAGGGAGAGAAAAGCCCUGUUAGCUGACCUGGACAAAGAGAUCCUGGAGCUGGAAGAAAAGGUGGCAGUGCAAAACCAGAGAGCAGUGAAGGUGAGACAAGCCACAGAUAUGUCCAGGCUGGAAAAGCAGAAGGAGACCCUGGAGAUGCAACUAAACCACAAGGUCUCCAAGGCUCUUUCCAGCUGGGUGACCUCAGUGCAGCCCUUGUGCCAUGCCAAGACGCCGGAAGGUCUGCACCUGUGUAGUGAUGAAACCGAGCUGCCUGAAGCCACCUUGCCCUGGGACACUGUCCAUUUUGACACAAUCGUGGCCAACAAUCGGGAGAUGCAAGAAAACAAUGAGAAACUGCGAACUCACAAAGCCAUUCUGGACAACUGGUACCUGAAGCACCAGCAGCAGCUGCAGGAUCAGAGGAGGAAGAUGAUCACUGCUGUGAUGGAGUCCACAGAAGCCUACAGGCGGCGGAAGGAGGCCCUGGCCAGGAUUUCGGUCAUCGAGGAAAGACACAGCAGACACACUGUUCUGUACAAGACGGAGCUGCAGGAGCGGCAGCGUGUCUGUGACUACAGGGACAAGUUAAGAAGCUUCAUGAGCACCAAGCUGGCUGAUCGCUCUCAGCUGCUGCAAGAGGCUGACAAGAGAAGAGGUAUGAGAUGGGAGCAAAACAGAUGCAGCUGGGAGCACAAAUCAAGAGCCUUGAAGGCAGAAGAGCUGGCCCAGCGGAAGAGAGACGUGGAGGCAGUGUACCAGCGUAUACAGGAUAUAGCAAAGGAUGGCAACAUUGAGGAAAUGCUGAAAGACUUCGGGAGGAAUAAGAAGAAAAGCGCUGCCCUCUACAACCAUGCCAUGAAGCUGGUUGAUGAGAAUGAGAAGCUGAAGCGGUUGAUCAAGGAUGUGGAGGAGGAGAUGUCGGCCAUUGUGAGGCAGGAGGAGGACGCUCAGAGCAGGAACCUUCACAUCCUGCAGGAGCUGGAGGACAACCUGGCACAGAGCUUCGUGGUAGCCAACAAGAGUGAGAGCAGAUGCCGGUCAACCAGAGAACAGCUGGACCAGCUGCAGCCCGUCGUGGCAGCUGUGCUGGAAGCUGUGGGCUGUGAGGCCAAAGAGAUCCUGUGGCAGCUGGGAGCAAAGGGGCAGGUGGUGGAUGAGAACCUGAUGCAAUGUCUGGAGCUCCUGGAGAAGAGGAGCAAGGAGCUGCUGCUGCAGCAGGCGGUGCUGGAGCACAUGGAGGGAGCUGCUGCGGGUCGGCCCCGCUCCGCCUCCAUGGUGUCUGACAGCCCCAAUCUGCUGGAGGACCUUGACUUGGUUCCGCUGAGCUCAGAAUCCGUCAGCCGGAACCUCGUGGCCGAGACCAUCGAAGCCUGUGAGUGUGGGAGCUGGGAGGACGGUGGGGCCGUGGUGCCAGCCGUGGGGCGGGUGCUGAGUGACAUGGGGCUGUGUCGCGCAGGGGAGGAGCCGAUGGAGCGGGAGCAGCUGCGGCGGCUGGUGCUGCAGAGCCGGGAGCAGCAGCCGGACCCCGGUGUGGGAUUCAUUCUUAAGCAGUGA